AUGGCCAUCACGCGGCGCAAAUGGAACUGGAGCAUGACCGACGAGGACGACACAAGAUUGCCCAUGGCAAAAACCCUCCACGAGCAUCAUCGCCUGGUCUUCGUCGCCAAUCGACUUGAUCCUACAAAGCCAAUACCUCCGUCUCUUGGAGUGCAAAUUGAAAGACCCGGAGGAGCUAGAAAGUCAUUCUUGAUCAAGGCAAUCUCCACCAAGCUUCAACAAGAGGGCGAAUACUUCAAAGUCCUUGACCACGGCGAGAUUAACAUUCGCACGUGGGAGCAGUGCGGCAUGUCGGCGAGCCACCGUCGAAAGAAUGAGCAGUUCCUCUCACUCAACUGCGAAGUUGCAGUCUUCAGCGGUGCUUCUGGCCUCGAAGCUCAGGACUUGGGCGCCAAACGCAUCGAGCUCAAUGCCCCAGGCUCGUACGAAGCAGGUGGCAAGUUGGUUGUUAACCGCACACCGGACGGCCGAAGCCUGCAAGGGACAUUGGCACCCAGAUGCUGGCACAGCCCCGUCAAGGGACUGACUUCAAUUGCCUCACAGCUUGAAAUCGCCGUCCGCAUCAUGAUUCGUCCUCGCGGUCCUCCACGCGGGCAAGGAAUGGGGAAUUGGUGA